AACAUGAUCUUCGCUGCCUGCUUUCUCUUGUUCCUCAACUUCCCGCCCGCCGCUGCGGCGGAUUGGUGGGAUGAUUUUUCCAAUAACUUCGCGACGGAUCUUGCCCCGCUUCUUUCGCUCUUUGGUGAGCAGGUCACCAAGCAAUUCCUCAGCGAAAGCAUUCAUUUCGUGGACUAUAUCAUCUUCGCGAUGGCCCCGAUCGGAAUACUGACGGCUGUUGUCUCCGUUAUUCGCACUUGUGGUAGCCCAUCGCUGCGUGCCUUCGUUGGCAGAGCGCAGGAAGGGAAGGGAGUCGCCGAGGCUGAACUGUGCUCCUCUACGAGUCGGGAUGUUUGCGAGCUUUACAACAACGGUGGAAUUGCGCGCGUCUUCGGGCGUCCAAAGAUACUCGAGAUUAUCUUUGACCCGGAAGAUCCAGAUUUCCAGAAGGAAGCAGGGAUCUACACAGUCAGGGACUACUUAAAAACUGAAAAGAGUGUAUGGGUGAAGGUGAAGCAGUCUGGUGUCUUUGCCGGACCUACCACCGACGUGGAGUCUGGUCCGCCAAAGAAGUCUGCGUAUGUAGACGGUGACGUUGAUUUGUUCGCACCAAACCUUUCUCUCAAUGUUGGGAUCAAACGACAGCAUACACACGUUUCCUGGAUCGUCGCCGGGAUGGGAUUUCUUAUGCAGAGUGGUGUUAUGUUGUUUGCAGGCAUUGCGACAUACUACCUGAAGUGGGAAAAGGACGACAAGCCUCCAAACAGCUAUUCAUGUCCUAUGACGUUCGCCGGUACAAUUCUAUUGGGAAUUGGGACAUUCUACUGUGCAUUUCUCGUUGGCGAGAGCACAGACGAGCAGUUUUUUAUGAAAAGAGACCUACCCAGCCCCAAAUCUAAGCAACGUCCAAUCAUGAUUUGGGUGCAGCCUGGAGGCCAGGUUCUGGGUGAUCAAACCUUUGAUCCCUUUUGCUACAGUGAUGAUGGAAAGCCAUUGGAACAGUACGUCACGUCGUGGAAGAAGCCAUCAGUUGAGUCGCCCUUCCGCGUUUGGGCUGCCAUCGGCGUUACUAUGCUUGGUUUUGUUCUUCAGUUUACCGGACUUCGAGGUAUACAUUCCGCAGUCUCCUUGGCCCAAAUUGCAGUAGUUCUGGCGAUGAGCAUGAUAAGAUCGUUACUCCGUACGCAACGGUUAAAGCUUGAGGACAAUAAGCUUGGAGGAUUUCCAGAUCAAGUAACCGGGUACGAGCUUGACUGGCUUGCGUUGCAUAUUGGCGAAGCAGAUAUUCAACAAGACCUGAAUCCACCGUCUCGCCAUUCUCGGUCGUCUUCUCCAUCUUGGAAAUUCGACAACAACAUGGAGUUGGAAUCCGUUCUUGGGUUAUGGGCUUGGUCACUAAUGUCUGACCGUGCAGUGGAGAAGAAAGAUGGGCUAAGUUCUCUCAUUCGAUCCCGAGCCCUCGAGGUUCCGGCGCGGCGGAUCGUUUCAACCGCCGAGGAAAUCGAAAUCCUUGAGGCAUGGCUACCUGACAACGUCUUCAAUCUCAAGGAGCAUACCUUUCAUUCUUGGGCUACACAAUCUGAGCCGGGUAGCCUAUGGGAGGAGUUCGACAGUAAGUACAGGCCCUUCCGGGGCCAACUAGAAGGAGACAUUAUUCAGCCAUCUGUUGUUCGGUUUUUUGGCUGGAACAUUCAUGUUAGUUCGAAUUUACAGGAUCGAUACAGGGAUUCUGGGACGUUGAAGAUGUUUUCCGCUCGCACGAGCGGCACCCUUGUGUCUUCUUGUGCCCACGAAAUUUUCGCAUCAUUUCUCGCGAGCGUUCUUGAUAAAGCCUCUGAACGGGAAGAUGCUAGAAUCGAAGUAGACGAUCUGGACUUCCGUCUAAGAAGCCCUCUAGUGGACAAAGUGGUUAAGGCAUUCACCGACAGUCAACUAGGCUCGACCGAAGAGGCAAUGUUCUGCGUCUUGCCACCCAUUAUAUCUAGACUUUAG